CGGCCCUCAGUGCAGCUGCUGACAGAGCGCUCAUCCUCCGCGUCCAUACUCGGUGGCUCCUAACAAUGGACGGUACGCGGCUCUCCUCAGGCGGGUGAUGCAGCGGCGCGGUAACGUAAAGCGAGGACGGGGCCGCGAGCCGGGAUGCUGAACGGAGGACGCCGCAGACACCGCAGUUUGCAGAAGAUCCCUUGGGAAUUGACCAUGGAUUUACUGUUGCACCACUAUUACCUGUGGAAUAAGACCCAUGGAAGGCGACAGCUCUCCAGAAUUGUUAGCCUACAUUGAUUCAACUGGACCGGACAAUUAUGGUUUUCUCAGCAAUGCUUACACCCGCUCAUCCCGUGACCUCCUAUAGCACACACAUCAUAUAUGUAAAUGGCUAUACAAACUUAACGCCACAGCCUUCCUUUCGUGGCCACUUGGAUGUUCCACCAAAAUACGGUCCAGUUGCCAUGACCACAACUGGUACACUACCGGUGAACACAACUGCUUCUACCACACAAGCUACGAAAGAUCUUUCUGAGACCUUGAAUUUACCCCUUCAGAUAAUACUCUCUGCCGUGAUGAUUAUUAUUCUCUUACUGUCAUUCCUUGGAAACUUUGUCGUUUGUCUCAUGGUGUACCAAAAAGCUGCCAUGCGAUCGGCAAUUAAUAUUCUUCUGGCAAGCCUGGCAUUUGCCGACUUACUGCUUUCCAUUCUCAACAUGCCCUUUGCUUUGAUCACCAUCAUCAUAACCGAGUGGAUUUUUGGAGAAGUCUUCUGUAGAGUAUCAGCCAUGUUUUUUUGGCUGUUUGUAAUAGAAGGUGUUGCCAUCCUGCUUAUAAUAAGCAUAGACCGGUUUCUAAUUAUUGUACAGAAACAAGAUAAACUCAAUCCCCACCGGGCAAAGAUUCUUAUUGCAAUUUCAUGGGCCACCUCUUUGUGCAUAGCUUUUCCUCUGGCUGUUGGGAACCCACACCUUCAAGUACCGUCUAGAGCUCCGCAGUGCGUGUUUGGCUACACUACAAAUGCCGGCUAUAAAGCCUACGUGAUUCUUGUGGUACUGAUUUUCUUUUUUAUUCCUUUUAUGGUGAUGCUUUAUGCCUUUAUGGGCAUAUUGAACACUGUGCGGCACAAUGCAGUCCGUAUACAUAGCCAUCCGGACAGCAUAUGCCUUAGCCAAGCAAGCAAGCUAGGUCUCAUGAGCCUUCAAAGGCCUUUCCAAAUGAAUAUAGACAUCAGCUUUAAAACCCGUGCCUUCACUACCAUAUUGAUUUUAUUCAUCGUCUUCAUCGUCUGCUGGGCACCAUUCGCUACGUACAGCCUCGUCGCCACAUUUAACAGUGACUUUUACAACAAGAGCAACUUUUUUGAGAUCAGCACGUGGCUUCUUUGGCUAUGCUACCUCAAGUCUGCACUAAACCCAAUAAUCUACUACUGGAGGAUUAAGAAAUUCCGGGAUGCUUGUUUAGAUCUAAUGCCCAAGUACUUCAAAUUUUUACCCCAGUUACCAGGACACACAAGAAGAAGAAUCCGGCCCAGCGCCAUAUAUGUGUGCGGGGAACACAGAUCUGUAGUGUGAAUUUUUGCAUUAUUUUUUUUUCUUAGCGUGACUGCCAUAAGAUAUUUAAUGUUUUCAACUAUUUCCCUUGUGCAAAAGGUGAUGCAGUCUGUUCUCUGCCAGGAAGAAAUGUACAUGACAGAAUAAUACGUGUUACCUCUAGGAUUUAUGGUAAAUCCAUGUAAGGUUGAUGCUUACCAGGCCUGCAGUUGGUGUUAUUGCGGGCACCUUGUAUGCUGCUACAAUCAGUGGAUGUGUCAUUUUUCUGAAACAAAUGUUGCUGCUUUUGCUAUUAGAUUUGAGCCAAAAAAUGUUCUGUAGCUGAACUUUGCAGGAUCUCUUCAGAAGUUCCCAAUAUCAGUAGUGUAUCUGCCUAUCUUUUAGCCGUUUCCGGACAUGGCUGUAUGAGGGGCAGACCGAAUUCUCACCCCCUGCAGACUGGUGAAAGCGUUUGUGCACUUUAUCAGAUCUUCUCUCGCCCCUCUGUCCCUUUGGUGUUUAGCAGUGGAAAUAUUAAGACCGUACAUAUUUUUUUUUGUAACCGAAUAUAUUCACAUUUAAUGUACAGUGCCUGAACACACUAGGUAGGUCUUCAGUCAUAAUGGUAAAUAUAAUAUAAUAUUAUAAUCAGGGCUAAGAUACUGUGAAAUGGAAAAGCAUACAGCGAACUGUAUGCCGAAAUUCUGAAUUGGGUAACAUUUUAUUUUAUUUUUAUUUUUUCAACCAGAUACAUGGUUUCCCUUUAUAUAAUGUAUGUUAUGGUAAUGGAGAUACAGUUCUUCAGGUGGCGCCACUACUGUGGACAUACAUACACAGUAUGUCUAAACUGCAUAAGUAACUAGAGGUGUAAAAUUGUUUAGGGCACCCAAAUGAUCCAGAUGUCUAAUACUGAUCCUUUCUGAUCGGACACACAUAAAAUGAUCGCUGUUGACAACCUGUCAUCGUUGUUGCUGCAGCGUACUAAACGUCUCGUCCUCAGAUUACCAUCUAGCUUGCAUUGAUCCUGCAUCCCAUACCUAGCAAUAAAGUCUUAUCCAAAUUGAGUCAAGAAGGAGUCAUAUUAAAUCUUCAAGAGGUUGGCCACAAGAUAUUGAGGAGGGGGGCUGAUUGCAAAAUCCUUGUUGGGCAGGACUGAUUUAAAAAAAAAAAAAAAAAACCUGACUUGCCAUUCUAGGUGCCCUCCAUUCCAGUGCCGCUCCUCCUGCUGGUCCUUGUUGGACUGGAAGUGAUGAGGACCUACCAUAAUCUUGGUCACGAGACCACUGCAGAUAGUCAGUGUAUAACGACAACAUAUUAUUGCCGAGCAGAAGUGACGUGCCAUACUUGUGACCACUGGAUCCAUUGAUUGGCUGCUGAGGUCUUGUGACCCAGAACAGGUCUCUGUCACAUCCUCUCCAUCAAGGACAAACGGGAGGUGCCUUGUUGGAAGGGGGCCUCCUGGAAAGGUGAAUUUUAUUUUAUUUAUUUAUUAUAAAUCAAGCACAUUCCUUUUUAUUUAGGUCAGACAGCCCCUUUAAAUUUACAAAUAACAGCGCUACAGUCAUAUACAGUUUCAGGGCAUCUGCGUCAUUGUUCCCCACUAUGCAGCACCAUACUGCAUUUUAGAUUCAUGGCAGGUUCUAAAUAUACCAUGCCUGGAAAAUGAAAUUUACAGAUGAAAUGAUCUGUAGAAAAUACAUUAACCAGAACGUGAACAAUUUAAUUUGCCACAUCUCAUCCAGACAACCAGUUGUGUGUUCUGUACUGAUGAGGUUCAUUAACCCCCAAAACAGCAUUCAACAGAUGGAGGAGCCUCUGGUCUGCAUUGACCUUCUCUGAAGCUGCACGGUUUGUGCCCUGAUUAUAAUCUUAUUUUUUUAACAAAUUGUAUGGUUGGAAAAGUAUUUCUCGUGGUUUUCAGACUAUACAUUAUACAGACCACAAGAAUACGUAAUGUGUUAGUAUUUGCUGUUUAAGUUCUAGUGAAGUAAUGAGUAACUGCCUGUACUAGACAAGACGGACUCUUCUACCACCAUGGACGUUGUAUCAAUCGAUUUCCAGAAAUAGGAUGGUGCUGAGCUUUAGGUUUGUAUGCAGAACCCGUGUAUUUCUUGUUAAAGCACAACUCUUUUUCCUGACCAACGCCGGCCUGGACUUCACAGCGGGCCAGCUUUCUUUCUGUGUCACUGGAAUUUAAUUGUAUAUCUGCUUACUUUUUGUAUGACCUGUGGAUGAAUGUGUUCUCCCCUAUAUUAAUAUACAUGACUUGAUUGCACUGUUCACUUUGUCAGACCAGUGUGCAUUGGAAUUGACUUGCAAAAACUAAAGCCAGUUAUCUCAGGAUAUCUCAUUUUACAUUAGGGAACAUUUUACAAUUGAAAAUGAAGUUAUGAAAUGUAUAUAUGGCUUUAAGCGCAGUACAUUCAGGAAGUCCCAAAAUGAUCUGUUCCAAUCUAAAGUGCGUAAAGUGUUUUCUGAUAAGCCAUUUGAUGACUGAAGUGCAAUGCAUACUGUAUGUCAAAAGGCCUUAUACAUUAAGAAUCUUUUUAAGAACUUUGCAGCCACCUAUGGAUAUUAGCAUUCAAAUCACAGUGUUCUUGUCGAGAUAAGAAAGUCCUUUUAAAGGAGUCGUCCCAAGAAGUCAAUAUCCCCUAUUCACAGGAUAGGAAAUAAGGGGCGCAUUUAUUAAGUAUACUUGUCCACGCUUUAUUCAAUUCUAUGGGACUGCUGGAGAUGGCGGAGUACAAGUGCUUGGCUAUCUUCAGCAGCCCCUUAGAGUUGAAUGGAGCAGCAGUACGCAUGCAUGACCACAACCCCAUGUAAACCGGGGAGCACGGGGCCUCUUUCUCAUACUCGGCAGGAGUUUGGUUCUUGGGGCAGACAGUUAUCCUGUGGAUGGGGGGAUGUCUACCUAAUAACAACAACCCCUUUAAAAAUGUUAGUAACAGGUUUCUAAUCUCUUACCCAAAGUUUGUGUAAUAAUCUACAGAAGCUGAAGAACAUGAAUUAAAAAAUAACAUCAUGUCUCUUUGCCCAUGCAUUUUCUGGAAGCAGACAGAACUAAAUAGACCAAAAAUUUGCAUGAUCCAGAUGCCAGUAAACAUUUGCAUCACACAGUUGACUGACAAUCUGAUUAGGUGCAGAAAGUAAUUAAAUAUAUUAUGAAAUAUUACGAUCUUUCCACAAACUCCCCCAAUUGCGACAAUCGGAGAUCUCAUAUGCUCCCUGAUUGGUAAGAGGGGUGAUGACAUGAAGAAAAGUCCCUGAAUCCCCCCCCCCCUGGAUGCUGUACAGGUGAGAGAUGACCGUAAUAGGCUGUGAUCUUUCUUCCUGAUAUCACUUGUGGUCUCCUCCCACUCUCACCUUACACAAAGUAGAAAGCAAAAUGUUUAAUUUUCUUUCUUCAAACUAGUGCUAUAUCUCCUACUGCAACAAAAGCUAAGAAUCUGGGCUUUAAUAUGAUAUCAGGAUCUAAGCUUGAGUCCUAAUAUUCUAGCCGUGGCAAGAGUUUAAGUAUUAUUGACAGUGCCUCAUAUAGAUCCCACAUAAUUGUUCACAUGGGACUGCCACCGAUCCCAAAAACAGAUCUCCCCCCAUCUGAUGGAGCCUGGUGCUGUAUCGGUAGGAACUGUUAGAAUUUCAUUGUUCGUCUGCAGCACAUUGCUGGUUAAACUGGACGAUUUGCUGUUGAGAAAGAUGAUCACCCGAGAAAAAAAAAAUCUUUUGCUCAUUUAUAGGGUGAUCUCCACCACAUUUACAUGAGUCAGUUAUCGGGGCCAAGUGUUCAUAUGAAUGUUUGUUCAUCAAGAUCUGGUCAUGGGCCUUAAGGCUCAUUUCAUAUCAAAUGUGAAAGCCCUGUGACCUGUUUUUUGGACGAUUCAAAACUGCCACAAAAGAGAAAGGGGCACAUUCCCUGUUUUACACUUUAGAAAUGUUUCUUCUUUAUGAUCUUAAAAGACCUACAAAAGAAUGAUGUUUUGAAUAUGAUAGAUAAAGGGACCUAAUAUCUGAUCUGACCCUGUGAAAUAAGACAUGCUGUUAAAUACUGCUAUCUCCAACCAACUGUUGUCUGACCCUACUAAAAGAUCUGAUUAUAUAGCCAGCAUUAAAGGGGUUGUCCAGGUUUUUAAUAUUGAUGUCCUAUCCUCAGGCUAGGUCAUCUACAUCAGAUUGGCGGGGGUCCGACACCCGGCACCGCCGCCGAUCAGCUGUAUGAGGAGACGGCACCAAGUGUGCACGUGCCGUUUACCUUCUCGCUUCCUGCUCCGCUGCUGAUUUGCCAUAGACAUAGCAGCAGGAAGAGAGACGGCAUGUGCACACUGCACUCCAGUCUCCUCAUACAUCUGAUCGGCGGGGGUGCUGGCUGUCAGACUUCCGCUGAUCUGAUAUUGAUGACCUACCCUGAGGAUAGGUCAUCAAUAUAAAAAGCCCUGCCAACCUGUUUAAAAGGGUUUUUAAAGAUCCUCUGUAUAGGCCAUCAGUAUCUGAUCAGUCGGGGGUCUGACACCUGGGACCCCUGCUGAUCAGCUGUUUGAGAGCAGCCUUUUCUCUGCUCACCAAGCAGAGCGCUGUACAUUUGAUAGCAGUUGUGGUUGGUAUCGCGCUAAGUCUUGUCAACUUCAAUGUGGCUGAGCUGCACCUAGGCUAUGUGACGUCAUGUUCAUUAGUCACAUGGCCUAGGGAAAGCUGUAAGAAGGCCGCGGCGCUACGGUUUGUGCAAGCGCCUUCUCUAAUUGCUGAUCAGCGGGGUUCCCGGGUGUUGGACCCCCACUGAUCUUCUACUAAUGACCUAUCCAGAGGAUAGGUCAUCAGUUAAAAUAUCUUGGAAAACCCCUUUAAUGCUGCCUAUCGUACCCAGAAACAUAUUGCCACGUGUAAUCUCUACUGACCACCAGUGUCUGUCAGGCUUAGGCUCUGUUCAGAACUGCUUUGUGUCAUUAUUCUUGUCAAAAUGACUAACUUCUUUGUGAAACUAAACCAAUCCGAUUGUAAGUGAGUUGGGUCCAUCGUGGUGCCACUGGAGGGUCUUGUUGCAAUGGAUCUGGCUGAAUGCAAAUGUGAACGUAGCCUUAAAGAGGACCUUUCAUGGUUUUAUAUUAAUUGAGAUAAAUACCUUUCCUUGCAGGGUACCCCCCGCUGAUGCUGCCACCCUGCCUGAUUUUUAAAAAUAUUGCUCCUAUGCCCCACUGUGUCUCCCUGUAGUUUUCCAGCUCAGUAUAUUAAUCCUGAGCAUCAGUACAGGGAGGAGGAGACGCCAGGGUUUCUCAAUGGGCGUCUCCUUCUCCCUGGCUGUGCCGCGAUCCAAUCACAGCGGAGAGCGUCACAGCCAGGGAGAAGGAGAAGGGGGCACAGCGAGGCGUAGGAGCGAUAUUUUAAAAAAUAAGGCAUGGUGGCAGCAUCAGAGGGGGGUACCCUGCAAGGAAAGGUAUUUAUCUCAAUUAAUAUAAAACCAUUAAAGGUCCUCUUUAAGGUGGAUUUAGACAAGCAGAUAAUUGUUACGAUUUGAACUCAAGCAAUGGAAGAUGGAGAAUUGUGGUAUGUAAACGUUUCUAACGAUUGAACGAUCUGACAAAAAAAAAACUCUCGUUCAACGUCUGUUAAAUCAUUGAUGCGAACAAGUACAAUCCUCAUUUGUCAUUAAUAAAUUACAUCAUGUAAAUGUGUAUCGUGUGCAUUCUUGAUGAUGGACAGCCCUGUGUAGGCAGGUGUAUAAGUAAAUAUACGAUCAGAUUUUUUUAGUUUUCUUUUUUUUUUUUUAACACUAUAAUCCUUUCAUUUAAAUGCUAGUUGUCUGCUAGAAAGUUCGGUUGGUAGUCGCUCGUGUCUGUUAACUGC